ACCUCACCCCUUUCCAAGCCCCCGAAGAUUCGCGUGAACGGCGGCCGGAAUCGCAGCGAGAUGGCCCGGCGAGAGGGCGAGGAGGGCGAGGUGGACGCCGCCGAGUAGGAUGCGGCCUCGAGCAAGAUGUCUCGCGUAGGGGGAGGGGCGAGGACCAAGCCCAGGACGCUGCAGGACGUGUGCGCCGACUGCGGGGCCACAGAGCCAGGCUGGGCAUCAAUCAACCGUGGGAUUCUCAUUUGCGACGAGUGUUGCAGCGUCCACAGGUCACUAGGCAGGCACAUCUCUCAGGUCAAGUCGCUUAAGAAAGGAACAUGGAAUCCUGUACAACAUGCACUGGUGCACACACUGUACAGCAGUGGUGCAAACAAUAUCUGGGAACAUACGCUCCUGGACCCCAGCGUCGCCAAAACUGGCAGACGCAAACCACACCCCAAGGAUCCAGUCCACCCAACCAAAGCUGACUUUAUAAGAGCCAAGCACCAGAUGCUGUCAUUCGUGUACCGGCCAUCAAGAGAAGAUGUGAGUGAAGAUGGGGACGUCAGCCGACAGCUUCAUUCCAGUGUGCGAACCUCCAACCUUGAAACCUCAUUACGGCUCCUGUCCCAAGGAGCUGACCCAAAUUAUUAUCAUAAGGAAAAAAAUUGCUGUCCCCUCCAUGUAGCUGCUCGAGCAGGGCAGGCAUCUCAAGUGGAGCUGCUGAUGGUGUACGGGGCAGACCCAGGGGCACUUGAUGGUCAGGGAAACACACCUGCUCACUAUGCAAGCGAGGCCAAUCAUUUAGACUUAGCAGACCACCUAGUGGAAAGUCAGUACGAGCUGACAGACAGGUUGGCGUUCUACCUUUGUGGGCGGAAACCUGACCACCCCCUUGGACAGCACUGGAUCAUCCCUGAGAUGGCUGACUCCUUGGACAUGUCAGACCUGGCUAAAGAAGCAAGAGUUAAGCUUCAGCAUUUGCCUAACCAUCUGUUUGAGGAAUUGGCGUGUGAUGUGUACGAUGAGGUGGACCGACGAGAAACAGACUCUAUAUGGCUGUCUUUACAAAAUCAAAGUGCUCUGGUCAGUGAUCGCUGCACUGUACCUUUCCUCCCCGUCAACCCUGAGUUCUCCUCAACCAGAAAUCAAGGACGGCAAAAGCUAGCAAGAUUUAAUGCAAGAGAAUUUGCCACGCUUAUCAUAGACGUCCUCUCAGAUGCCAAGAGGCGCCAGACAGGAAUAUCUUCCCCAAGUGGAACUCCAAAAGAAAAAG